UCCUCCCUAGUGCUCCUGCGCCGCGUGGAGUCUAUUUUUGGCCCUCCUAUGACAGUCAGAGCGGCUCUCACUGACAGCUGACCGCAGGGGCCAAAUCAAAACAAGCACCGUACCUCCACCGACCUGUUACAGCGCCGACACCAUCACGACACCCCGCCGGACACAUAACAGACUCCCACAUCCAAGGAAAAGAGAUUACAUAUUCAUAAUUCUCCAUCAGCCUCUGAUUUGGAGUGAGCUUCAGCGAUAUGACCUCAAAUGAGGAGGACAAAGAUCCUGAUAUUGAGCUUUUCGUGAAGGCUGGCAGUGAUGGAGAAAGUAUUGGAAACUGUCCUUUUUCUCAAAGGCUUUUUAUGAUCCUGUGGCUGAAGGGAGUCGUGUUCAACGUCACCACUGUCGACCUGAAAAGGAAACCAGCUGAUCUUCAUAAUCUGGCUCCCGGUACUCCUCCACCAUUCCUUACCUUCAAUGGCGAAGUGCGGACAGAUGUCAACAAAGUCGAGGAAUUCUUGGAAGAGAUGCUAGCGCCUCCCAAGUAUCCAAAACUGGCUGUGAAGAACAAGGAGUCCAACACGGCGGGAAAUGACAUCUUCGCAAAGUUCUCAGCCUACAUCAAGAACACAAAUCCAAGAGCCAACGCAAGUCUGGAGAAGGGGCUACUGAAAGCUCUAAAGAAACUGGAUAACUUCCUGAACUCCCUUCUGCCGGACGAGAUUGAUGCCGAUAGUACGGAGGAGGAGAAGUGCUCCAACCGCAAGUACUUGGACGGCAAUGAAUUAACGCUCGCAGACUGCAACCUCCUCCCCAAACUGCACAUAGUGAAGGUGGUUUCUAAGAAAUACCGUAACUUUGAGAUCCCAUCAGAGUUCAGUGGGGUUUGGAGGUACCUGCAGAACGCCUAUGCCCGGGAUGAAUUCACCAACACCUGUGCGGCAGACAGAGAGAUUGAACUGGCCUAUCAGGACGUAGCCAAGCGGCUGGGCAAAUGAAAAUGCACUAAUCAGUGACUCUAAUAAUCAUAUGCAAAACUGCUAAAGUGGUGACCUUUCUCUUGGUGUCAAUGUCUCAUUUUCCUUCAGCAGUUAUUGAGCAGAAUUUGCCUUCAGGACAUUGACUCGGUCCUGUAAUACUCCUGUCAUGCUUGUGUGUAGGCCUUCCCAUUGCCAUUAUGUUUACUGUCUGUCUGUAGUGACAUCAACUCCUCUAUUAGUGUCGCUAUCUAUGACGGUCUAGAAAAGAAAAAAAAACACUGUGCCACUGUUUCUCUGCAACUUUUCAGGGUUGGAUGAUGAUUCUCCUCAUUUAAAGUCCAAUUCUUGCUGCAUAAACCUUUCAAAUUUAAUGUUGUAUAAAUUAUUUUUGCUAGCUUGUGAAACAGUAAUAUAAUUUUGUGCUUUAUCUAAGAGAGGAUUUUUUAACCCUAGUAUUUAUUAUGAUUAAUGUGUGUAAAUCUCCACAGGAGAAAAAAAAAACAUGAGCAUUAAGAAUGUAAUUUCUUUAGAAUUGGCUUGAGAACAAUUCUAUUUAAGCACACAGCCCCACCUAGUGGAGAAAUUAAUAAAGCUGAGCUAUUAAAAUUAGCCUCAUUCUGCAGUUGAUAUAGGCUAUACAUACUGCCGCAAACUGUAUACAUCAAACAAAAUAAGCACGUUUAGGUCUCAGGUAUC